AAAUACCCCAAUCCGAUCACGACCCUAUUCCAAAAACAAACAGAAAUAUUUCCAAGUCUAACUGAUCAUCAUUGCUUGAGAGUUUCUCUGACUAAUUAAUCAACGACAUGUCUUAUGCUGUACCGGUGCCGGCGGCAGGGCCGAGCGCACAGCCAUUGGCGAACCCAGUGACGGUGGUGAGCCCGCAGUUCCUCGCAGCGUACCCGGUGGACCUGGUGAUCACGGAGAAGAUGAUGACCAUCAAGGAGGGUGCGUUUACUGUGUCCGAUGUCAACGGCAACCUCAUGUUCAACAUCAAAGGCUCACUUUUCAGCCUUCACGACCGCCGCGUGUUGGUCGACAACGCCGGUAAUCCAAUCGUCUCUUUCCGACAAAAGAUAAUGACGGCACAUAGGAGAUGGCAAGUAUAUAGAGGAGAGAGCUCAGACUCCAAAGAUCUACUUUUCAGUGGCAAGAAGGCAUCUCUUUUGCAGUUCAAGACUGAAUUAGAUGUGUUCCUGGCCGGUAACACAAAAGAAGACAACUAUGAUUUCAAGGUCAAAGGAAGUUGGGGGGAGAGAUCUUGCACCAUAUACACUGGAGACAACACCAUCAUUGCUCAAAUGCAUAAGAAGCAUGACAUCAAGAGCCAUUUCUUUGGAAGAGAUGCAUUUGGAGUGACGGUGUACCCUAAUGUCGAUUACGCCUUCAUAGUCGCUGUUGUGGUCAUUCUUCAUGAGAUUAAUAUGGACAGAAGCGGGCUAGACUGAAGCCGAUCACGAUGCUUCUUAAUUACAAUUAAGUUCAAAUUUACAAGUUAAUGAAUAAAUUGAUGUCUGUUGUGAUGACUAUUUCUAUUGUGUUUUCUGGAAAAAAAAAAAAAAAAAAAACUUAUGAAUGAGUGAUGAUUUGGAUCUCUCCUAA